CUGCAUUUGAACGGGAGGCGUCGGUCGUAAGCAUGGGCAUCAUGAUCUCCAAGGUCUUCGCCUCGCUCUUCGGGAGCAAGGAGGUGCGCAUCCUCAUCCUGGGCCUCGACAACGCGGGCAAGACCACGAUCCUGUACCGCCUCCAGGCCGACGAGAUUGAGCAGACCGUGCCCACGAUCGGCUUCAACGUCGAGACGCUCCAGUACAAGAACAUCAAGUUCCAGGUGUGGGACCUCGGCGGCCAAACCAGCAUUCGCCCGUACUGGCGCUGCUACUACCCCAACACGGACGCGAUCAUCUACGUGGUCGACUGCGCCGACGUCGACCGCCUCAACAUUGCCAAGCAAGAGCUGCAUGCGAUGCUGGAAGAGGAAGAGCUCAAGGACUCUAUCCUCCUUGUCUUCGCCAACAAGCAGGACCAGCGUGGUGCGCUCAACGCGGCGCAGCUCUCCGAGGCCAUGGGCCUCUCGGACAUUCGGAAUCGCCAGUGGUCCAUCAAGGAACGACGGCGACCAAGGGCACGGGUCUCUUCGAAGGCUUCGACUGGAUCGUGACAUGCAUCAAGGGCGAGUAAGAAGUACAGUAGAGACAGGGAUGGCGCGUGUAGACACUCGUCGGCAAUAAAGCAGUGCAUGUGUUCGCAUUGCGUCCCAUCGCUGGCUCAGAGCAGCUACAUACCAG